AUGACCAAGUUUCUUCUGAUUUUCCUAUUCUUGGGACUUCUCAAAUGUGAAGCACAGUCUAAUGGCAACCCAUAUGAUUACCUAGAACUAGCCUUAAGGUGGCCAAACUCUUAUUGCUUGACACAUGAUGGUGGUUGCAGGGAAAUAAUUCCCCAAUAUUUCACUAUUAGCUUCCUUCGUCCAAGGAAAAGGGGAGGACCUGAUAUGCAAUAUUGUCCCUCGCCCUUUACUAUGCCAAAUAGCACUAUGGAGACAAACAAAAACGACCUGCUAAAAUUCUGGCCUGAUCUGAGAACUGAUAAUUUCAUAGAGAGCAAGUUAUUAUGGAGGGACCAAUGGAAGAAGUUUGCAUCCUGCUAUAACAUGAUGCCAGAUGACUAUAUCGGUUAUGCCCUCAACAAUAGAAAGAGAAAUGACUUCAAAAAAAUCUUGACAAGUGCAGGUAUUGUUGCGAGCGGAAAUCCAUAUCCCACACGUAGGAUACUGCAAGCUUUCAGGAAAGCUUUAGGUGUGAAUGUGGACAUAGUGUGUGAGCCAGACAGAAGUGGCAGUGUGUAUCUUGCAGAGGUUCGUCAAUGUCUUGAUGUUGCUGGAACAACGCCUAUAGAUUGUGACAAUAUAGCAAGAGGGUGUGACGAUGACCCCAUCUUUCCUUAUAUGGGAUUCCAACCUGACAAAGAUCCCAAGUAA